AUGACUACGGACGGACCAAAGCCCGGCUUCCUGGGAAACGUCAAUGACGACCAGGAAGCCAAGCUACAGAAGCUUUGGGGUAUCCUACUCCGGGCGUCUGAGAUCCCAUCCGAAGAAGAAGCGAAGGCCGUCGUUGUCGAAGAACCAGCCAGCCCAACCCCCUCUGCGCCCCCGCGACGAAUGUCGCUCCUGGGCCGUACCACCACUGCGCAAAGCAGUACUUCCGAUAAGACCGCCCCCACCCUCACAAGACCUUACCAGCAGAAGUUGUUGGCCCAUCUUAAGGAGAAUGGCAUCGGCCCCCAAGAAACCAAGAUGGUCCAGAAGUCUCUGUCGGAAAUAAGCCCCAAUGAGCUACGCCAUGGUGUUCUAGAGCUUCUGAAGCACGACCACCCGGAUGCUAUGAUGCUGCGCUUCCUGCGCGCACGUAAGUGGGAUGUCAAUAAAGCUUUCGCAAUGAUGAUGGAAGCUAUUGUUUGGCGUGUUAAGGAGAUGCAUGUCGACGAUGAAGUUAUGGCUAAGGGCGAGCUUCGUGCAUUGAAGCAGGAGCAGGGCUCUGAUGCUAAGGAAAAGAAGGAAGGAAAGGACUUUUUGGAUCAGAUGCGCAUGGGUAAGAGUUAUGUGCAUGGAACUGAUAAAUUAGGACGUCCAAUUGUCGUCAUCCAAGUCCGCCUGCAUAAGCCUGGUGCACAAAGUGAGGAGACAUUGGAACGUUAUAUCGUCCAUGUUAUUGAGUCUGUCCGACUAACGCUCGCUCCUCCUGUUGAGACUGCUUGCGUCUUGUUCGACAUGACUGGGUUCGGUCUUUCCAAUAUGGAAUAUCCUCCGGUGAAAUUUAUUCUCAAGUGUUUCGAAGCCAACUACCCGGAAUCUCUGGGCAUCAUGUUGAUUCACAAUGCUCCUUGGGUCUUCUCUGGCAUCUGGAAGCUUAUUCGAGGCUGGAUGGACCCCGAUAUCGCCGCCAAGGUCCAGUUCACCAACUCCGCUGACGACCUUGCCAAGUUCAUCGAUCGCAGCAAGCUCCAUAAGAGUGUAGGUGGCGACGAGGACUGGGAAUACAAAUACGUCGAGGCCAAAGAGGGCGAAAACGCUACAAUGGAAGAUACUACCACCCGCGACGCUCUCCAUGGCGAACGACAGCAAAUUGGCGAAGAGUUCCUUGCUGCUACUACUGAAUGGAUCGCUGCGGCCAAGGCUAAGGAUAAGACUCAGCUUCAAUCAGCAGCCAGCCAACGUACAUACCUCGCUGAGCGACUGCGAGUUAACCACUGGAAAUUGGAUCCAUACACCCGCGCCCGCCUUUAUCUGGACCGAACAGGCGUCAUUCAGCCCGAGGGCAAGAUUGAUUUUUACCCCCAGCCGGGAACAACAAACGGAACGAGUAAGACGUCGGAAAUUCAGCAUGUGGAGAAACUCAAUGGUAACGGUGUUCAAACUACAGUUUCAGCUUAA